AUGCAGUUUGCAAACUCAUUAAACGGGAACGAUGCAGUAGAGGGGUUUGUUUGUAGCACCUCGUGCGCCUGCGCCUGCUCCACCCCCUUGCCAGUAGCCGCUGUGAAGCCCACAAACAGCGGCGGGGGCGGCGCUGCUGCUGCUGCUGCAUUUGGGUCGUUCCCACCGAGCCAAUCGCAGGUGUCCAGGAAUGUGGUGAGGACGGCAGAGCGGGGGAGAGAAGGGGGGGAGGAGGAGGAGGAGGAGGAGGAAGAGGAGGAGGAGGAGGAGGAGGAGGAGGAGGAGGAGGAGGAGGAGGAGGAGGAGGAGGAGGAGGAGGAGGAGGAGGAGGAGGAGGAGGAGGAGCAGCAGCGAGGCAACAGAGGGAAACCAAGGAAGCGAGGGAAGCAAGGGGUGGGGCGAGGGGACGGGCGGGGAGGGGAGGAGGGUGGGGAGGAGGGAGGGGAGGAGGAGGAAGAAGAGGAGGAGGAGGAGGAGGGUGGGGCGGGGGAGAGCCAGACGGUGAGCUGGGAGGAGGAGGCGUUGUACUGGAUGGUGGCGAGGAGGGUUUGA